UGCGUCUUUUUUCGUUUGCGGAGUGGGAGGAGACCUUUGGCGUUCGCUUGUGAAUUUGAAGUUAAUUAAUUAAGAACAAAGUUGGAAGUAAGCAGGAAGAGCUGUCAGCGGACGAUUGUGCGAACGACGCUGCAUGUCUACGAAAAGCUGCUCCGAGAGGGAGCCGGUUGUCUCUCGGCCGCCGGCGAGGAGGGCUGCGCUUCGAAUUUCUUCCGACCUUUGCGAAUAAACAGCAGCUGCAGGCAAUCCGGACACCGCGCAGCCGUUCACAUGGCCACCGUUCGCACGUGAAAGGAGGGAAAAUCGGUUUGACCAAAACGCGCCGCUCUCCUGAGGAUCUGCUCGCGCAACCUGUAGAUCUGGCACGCAGAGAUAUGGUCACGGUGUCGUGCGGCUGCAAUCUCGGUUAUAUCAUCGGCGACAAGAAGAGAGCCGCGACUGGCCGAGUGUAGGAUCGCCAGCCCCGCACGUGUACGGAUCGGAUCAAAACAAAUCCAGCCCCCCCACCACCCCAGGGAUCUGCUCAAUGGGCGCUAUCGGGGGAUUUAUAAAGGCGUCAUUUGAUCUGUUGAGAGCCUGAACUCGGCAAUCGCGGUGGACUUUGGCAUUCCACGGCACUCUUCCCUGGUGGCCCUGAAUCGGAGACAAGCUUACAGUCGUCCCGGUGGAAAAUGUCGGCAAUCUCGGCGGCCGAGAAGGUGGACGGCUUCACCCGUAAAUCCGUGCGCAAGGCGCAGAGGCAGAAGCGCUCGCAGGGCUCGUCUCAGUUCCGGAGUCAAAACAGUGUGAUCGAGUUGAGUCCUCUUCCGCAGCUGAAAGAUGCCUCGACGGCGGAGCAGCAGGAGCUCUUCUGCCAGAAGCUUCAGCAGUGUUGCAUGCUCUUUGAUUUCCUGGACUCGGCAUCAGACCUGAAGAACAAAGAAAUCAAGCGGGCCACAUUGAAUGAGCUGGUGGACUAUGUGUCCACAAACCGGGGGGUGCUGGUCGAGGCGUCCUACCCAGACAUCACGGCCAUGAUCAGCACCAACAUUUUUCGAACGCUUCCUCCAAGUGACAAUCCAGACUUCGACCCAGAAGAGGAUGAGCCCACGCUUGAGGUGUCAUGGCCCCAUGUACAGCUGGUGUACGAAUUUUUCUUAAGGUUUUUGGAAAAUCCGGAUUUUCAGCCAACUAUUGCAAAAAAAUUUAUCGACCAGAAAUUUGUUCUGCAGCUUUUAGAGUUGUUUGACAGCGAAGAUCCACGUGAGCGAGACUGCCUAAAGACUGUACUUCAUCGGAUUUAUGGGAAGUUCCUGGGGUUACGAGCUUUCAUCAGGAAACAGAUCAACAACAUAUUCUUACGAUAUAUAUACGAGACGGAACAUUUCAAUGGAGUUGCAGAGCUGCUGGAGAUCUUAGGCAGCAUCAUCAACGGUUUUGCACUUCCGUUAAAAGCGGAGCACAAGCAGUUCCUCAUGAAGGUGCUCAUUCCCAUGCACACAGCACGAGGCUUGGCUCAGUUUCACGCUCAGCUGGCUUACUGUGUAGUGCAAUUCUUGGAAAAAGACCCAACACUUACGGAGCCGGUUAUUAGAGGGCUCCUAAAAUUCUGGCCAAAGACAUGCAGCCAAAAAGAGGUCAUGUUUUUAGGUGAAAUCGAAGAAGUUCUUGAUGUGAUUGAGCCGACGCAGUUUAAAAAAAUUCAGGAACCUCUGUUUAAGCAGAUAGCCAAGUGUGUCUCCAAUCCUCACUUUCAGGUAGCAGAAAGAGCUUUAUACUUCUGGAAUAACGAGUACAUCCUGAGUCUCAUUGAAGAAAACAUCAACAAAAUCCUGCCAAUCAUGUUUGGUAACCUUUACAGGAUCUCCAAAGAGCACUGGAACACCACAAUCGUAGCCCUGGUUUACAACGUGCUCAAGACGUUAAUGGAAAUGAACAGCACGCUGUUUGAUGAGCUGACCGCCUCCUACAAGGUCGAACGACAACGGGAGAAGAAAAAGGAGCAGGAGCGAGAUGAACUGUGGAGGAAACUGGAAGAGCUCAGGAUAAAGGAGGCGCAAAAUCAAAGCCACGGCGGGCCGAGCAUCCACAACAACAACAACUCGAGUGCCAAAUGACAAAGGAACCACAAGAGCACCAGAACGUCUGCUGGAUGGGCAUCUGUUUUCUACUCUUAUUUUUAAAAUGUGUGGAAAAAAUAUAUAUUAAAAAACAAACAAACUCCAAUAGGUGAAAAGUAUACAUACAUAUAAAUAUAUAUAUAAAAUUCUAUAUUGAAAGUGGACUAUUUUUGGCAACCUAUAAAUAAGAUUAUGUGAAAUGAAGAUUAUUUUUUGAAUGUUACAGCGUGGCCACAGGAUGUUGGUUUGUGACUUUGUCUAAUCACUGAUUUGUUCCUUCACUUUUGAGUUGCUUUGCUAAAGGAGCCGAGCGGACGAGUGGGACCUCAACGUGCCUGCGCUGGGCCGUCAAAGACCACGACGAGUGGCCGAGGAAGGGCAAAAGGUUUGCUCCUUUAAGACCCCCCUCUUCUUCAUUAUUUAUUUUCAGGCCGAGUUCUUUUUGUGAUCGUGAAGUGUUUGACAUGCGUGUGCCGCCAUCGAUGACCGUUGUGGAUCACGAUGUAAAGGUGGGCCUCUUUGAGCCGUUCGGCGUAAACAAUCACCUGGGAAUCUCGACACUACGGGAAGAUAAAACGGGGGGAGUUUGCAUUUUUUUUUUCCGUUUUUUUUUUUUACAUCUUCCUCUUUGAUCAAGUCUCUCUCUUAAACAUUUCAUCACAGCACCAUUCCAAUCUGUUAACACACAAUUUUGUGCAAAAUGUUUGUAAUGAAAGACCUCCUGUGGGGUUUGGAACACAAAUAAAAGCAAAUUUAUGUUUUUAACUUCUG